AUGACUGACGGGGAGGAGAGAGAACCAGAGGAAGAGGAGGAGAAGGAGGGGGUGAGGGUCCCUAUACCGGGACAGAGGGGUGAGACGGGGGAGACGGGGGAGGAGGGGGAGGAAGAGGAGCUCCCGUACCCGUCUCUCUCCCCCGUGGUUCUGUUUCGUCUCUCCCAGACCUCCCCACCUCGCUGCUGGUGCCUCAAGGCUGUCUGCCACCCGUGGUUUGAGCGUGUCUCAAUGCUGGCUAUUCUUCUGAACUGUGUGACGUUGGGAAUGUUCCAGCCCUGUGACGACGUUCACUGUCUCAACAACCGCUGCUCCUUCCUACAGGCUCUGGAUGAUGGUAUCUUUGCGUUCUUUGCGGUGGAGAUGCUGGUGAAGAUGGUGGCUCUGGGUGUUCUAGGUCAGAAGGGUUACCUUGGCGACACCUGGAACAGACUGGACUUCUUUAUCGUUGUGGUCGGGAUGUUGGAGUAUUCUCUAGACGGACACAACGUCAGCCUAUCAGCUAUCAGGACUGUCAGGGUGCUCCGCCCACUACGAGCCAUCAACAGAGUUCCUAGUAUGCGUAUCCUGGUGACUCUGCUCCUAGACACUCUCCCCAUGCUGGGGAACGUCCUGGCACUCUGUUUCUUCGUUUUCUUCAUCUUCGGCAUCGUGGGCGUGCAGCUGUGGGCGGGGCUACUGAGGAACAGGUGCUUCAUGGGAGAAGACUUCAGAACGAUAUACAACGUCUCCUUCCUGACUGCGUACUAUCGGCCCGAGGAGACGGAGGACAUCCCCUUUAUCUGCUCAACCAAUCGGGAGAAUGGAAUGCUGCGGUGUUCCGACGUUCCGCGCCGCCGAGUGGACGGGUCCUGGUGCAUGCUGGGAGCAGACGGGGAAGGGCUAGGGGAGGGGCCUGGGGCAGAUGGACCAAUAGGAGGGGGUUGUGUGAAUUGGUACCAGUAUUAUAACGUCUGUCGGGCCGGGGAGCUAAACCCCCAUAAAGGAGCCAUCAGUUUUGACAACAUCGGAUACGCCUGGAUCGCUAUCUUUCAGGUGAUAACUCUGGAAGGUUGGGUAGACAUCAUGUACUAUGUAAUGGAUGCUCACUCCUUCUACAACUUCAUCUACUUUAUAUUCCUCAUCAUCGUGGGCUCGUUCUUCAUGCUGAACCUGUGCCUGGUCGUCAUAGCAACCCAGUUCUCAGAGACAAAGCAGCGUGAGAACGCCCUGAUGAGGUCCGAGCAUCGAGCCCGUUACCUCAGCAGCCUCACUCUGGCUUCCUAUCAGGAGCCGGGGUCCUGCUACGAGGAAAUACUGCGAUACGUCGGACACCUGUACCGUAAACUGACUCGCAGGGCAGCCCGGGCCGUCACACACUGCCUCACACACACACCUCCCUGCCCCUGUCCCCAUGGGAACACACACCCAAAGGAGAGUCACACCGUCAACGGGGAGGCGCUCAGCAAACUGCAGCAACUGGUGUUCGAACGCCGUAAGAGUGUGUGUGUCGGCAGUCUGGCGUUACCGUUGUCAGGGGCAGAGCACAGUGAGUCGUUGCCGUGCCCCUACCGCGUCCAUGACGACCAGCUUAGUGACAAAAACCAUGCCGAUUUUGAACCUAGCAACCGGCGCCAUGGCAACCAGACCCCUUGCCGCGGCGACCAGAGCCCUCGCCGCGGCGACAUCCUUCGGCGCGUUGAUGGACAGGCCCUAGGGCCAAUCAGAGGCCUAGUUGGGUGGUGGUGGGCGGAGCUACAGGCCAGGUUGGAGCAUGUGGUGAGCAGUAAAUACUUCAACAGAGGGAUCAUGAUCUCAAUCCUCAUCAACACUCUCAGUAUGGGGAUAGAGUUUCACCAACAGCCCCAGGAGCUGACUGACAUCCUAGAGAUCAGUAAUCUAGUGUUCACCAGUCUCUUUAGUCUGGAGAUGCUAUUGAAGCUGCUGGCCUUUGGACUCUUCGGCUAUAUCAACAACCCAUACAACAGUUUUGACAGCGUCAUCGUCAUCAUCAGUGUAUGGGAGAUCGUUGGGCAGGCGGACGGCGGUCUGUCAGUCCUGCGUACCUUCCGUCUGCUACGGGUCCUAAAGCUGGUCAGGUUCCUGCCCGCCCUGCGCAGACAGCUGGUGGUUCUGAUGAAGACCAUGGACAACGUAGCCACCUUCUGCAUGCUCCUCAUGCUGUUCAUCUUCAUCUUCAGUAUCCUAGGCAUGCAUCUGUUUGGCUGUAAGUUUGGUCUGAAGCUGGACAGUGGAGAAACGCUACCUGACAGGAAGAACUUUGACUCACUGCUCUGGGCUAUCGUCACUGUGUUCCAGAUCCUGACUCAGGAGGACUGGAAUGUGGUCCUGUAUAACGGCAUGGCCUCCACCUCUCCUCUCGCUGCUCUCUACUUUGUAGCUCUGAUGACGUUUGGGAACUACGUCCUCUUCAACCUGCUGGUGGCCAUCUUGGUGGAGGGCUUUCAGGCUGAAGGUGAUGCUAACAGGUCAGAGGCCGACGAUGAGAAACUGUCGACCUUUGAGGAGGAGGAGAAGAUGAAGGAGCUGUAUGCAGCAGAGUUGAAGCUUCAGGCGAUGAUGUUGACCCCCAAUGGCCUUCUGAACCCCCGGGCCUCCAUGCCCCUCCCACCCACACAGUCACCGUGGCAACAACCGCCACCGCCGUCCCCGUGGCAACGCCCGCCGCUCAUCUUUCACACCGUGGCCACGCCCACAACUUGCAACAGCCAAUCACGACGGGGCAGCGCCGUCUCUACGGAUACAAGCAACGCCCUGGACCCCAGGUCGCCGUCUCCGUGGGACAGCCGGCGCUCCAGCUGGUCUUCUAUUGGCCGGGGUCCCAGCCUGCAGCAGAGGAAGAGCCAAUCCAGCGAGAGGGAUUCUCUGCUGUCAGAGGGGGCGGGCUCUGAGUGGUCCAAUCCCAGCUGGGGUCGGAGCAGGGAGGAGUCUUUCGACCUCCUGGACCAAUCAGAGUACCUGACCGUGCCGAUGCUCCGCCCACCUGACUGUAACGGACGACCUUUCGCCUCCCUGACGCAGGGACCCUACGUUACUAUAGCGACCACGAGGAUGACGAGAGGAGGACGCUGA